UCAAACUGCACACGCUUUCUCUGUAGCUCUCGCUGCCGACUUCCGCAACCAGCUGGCGCUCACAGCGGCAGCACCCUCAGCUUAGCGAUCACAAGCCGCCCCCCAACGACAAUGGCCGUCGACAUGAUUUCGCGGCCCAUCUACGACCGCAAGUACAGUCCGCUGCGCCGCCUGAGCUGGGCCUGGCGCUCGCUGGCGACCUACGCCUCCUUCAUCACCUGGCUGUUCUCGACACCGUGGCUCGCGGUGCGCCAGCUGGCGCCCAACAACUUCCAGGACACCCUGUCCGAGAUGGAGCGCUCCUUCCUGGACUUUGUGACGCCCUUCGCCAACUUCGCCCAGGACACCUCCUACAAGGCCUUCAGCAUCGCCGACUCCACCAUCGACUGGACCAUCAACACUGCGAGCCACAUCUACCAGAACAACCUCAAGGGCUUCGAGCACACCUUUGACCACUUCCUCAACAACGUGGAGCACCGCGUGCGCAUCCUCAAGGACGACGGCUUGUCGGGCAUCGGCAAGGCGCUGUCCUACGACGUGCACACGCCCCUGAUCCAGAAGACUCCCCUGGCGCACACCACCCUCGGAGAGAAGCUGUCGUAAACUAGUCUGGGUGCAGAAGGGGCUGCCACAAGGAUGGCAAUAGGAUGGAGGAUUGGAGCGGGUACCUGCAGCUGCAGCUUCCUGUGUGUAAGGCAGGGCGCCUGAGGCUUACUGACAGGAGGUGACCGGCACAGCGUGCCGGGUGGCCUGGAUGGUGAUGGUGGUGGGUGUGAUGGGUGUGGUGGCCUGGACACGGCACAGGCCCGGGACAAUCAUGUUGUGUGUUGAGUGCAUCGAGAUCUCCGCGGGAUGCAUAGGUGCCAGUGAUGACAGCCUAGGCCGGUGUUGCUGUUGAUGGUGGGCUUGGCGGUGCUGAUGGCCAUGGUGGCGGUGGUGGUGAUGCAAUGUAGAGCCGGCCGGACCCCGAACCAGACCCGGUGCUCUGGCGCAAUGUGCCCGCUUGCGUGCCAGCGGUGGGCUGAUGAUUGGUGGUCCUGCAUGGUGUGGGCGUGUGCUUGGCAGGCACAGUGGCAGAUGCUGCAGGGCAGGGCAGCGGGCAGGUUGUGGGCGGCCAUGAAGGCAGAUGUUCACGCACGUGCACGCUUCCACUGUCGUAGAUGAGCAGACGCCGCCUUACCUGUAGCUUCGUGUACGUGAGGCGAUCCGACAACGCACGUCAUCCUAAUUCUGUCCC